AUGAGUGGUGGAAGUGGAAGUGGAAGUGAAGCUCCAGUUAAGAAGAAGCUAAAAGAUGGUAAAAAGAAGAAGCAAACGCAUAAAUCUGAUGUAAAAUUAGGUAAUAAAUCAUUAAAAAGUCAACCAAAAUGGGAAACGAAAUCUUCUUGCAUGGAUGAUAGAUUUGGGUGUUGUUAUGCCAGGUGGCAAGUUGCAUGUCUCCUGGAAUCUUGGAAGAAAGAAGAGGAUUCAAAUACUAUCAAAUUUAAUAUUGUUGAUGUUGAAGGAGAUGAUCCUAAUGAUGACACGUGUAAUAUAUGUGGAGAUGGUGGUAUUCGGACUUCCUUGUUUGGAAUGAAAUUCCUAAAUUUUCCUCUUGCACCCGGUGAAUCAUGGCAUCCAUAUAUAAUCAAAAUGGCCCUUCAUCAUCCUGAUGAGGGGGAUUUAGGGUAUAUAUACCUUGAUUUAAAUUGUAGACAGGGGAAGUAUCCUGGUUGUGCUCAUUUUGCCAUAAGAGGAGGGCGUGCAGUUUCCAAAACAGAAUAUCAGUUGCCAGUGAUUGCUGUUGUUUAUAACUUCUCAAAGCCCCAUAAUUCAUCAAUCGUGAGACUUAACCACUCUGAUGUGGAUACCCUUUUCCAUGAAUUUGGGCAUGCUCUACAUUCCUUGCUUUCACAAACAAUUGAAAAUCUUGUUUAUCCAUUUCAAAAUUUCACCAAAAUUGACAUGGAAUUCUACAACUCUCGAGAUAUUAAUUGUGGUGUACGCAUGUUGCCAGCUGGAAGCGGUAUGGGUGUUAUGCGUGGGAUGACUAGAGGCAUCAAGAUGGCAAGACCCCCCUCUUCUUCCAUCAUGAAUUCCACCACUGGUUUGUUGACUUCCAGUACACCAACACUUGCUCAAGGAAACUCCAUGUUGAGAUCACGUGAGGCUAUGCAUAUGAUUCGGUAUGGAUUAAUUGUAAAGUCAACUCUGCAGACCCCUGUUGGGCAGCUAGGGUCAGGAAGUCCAUGGUCGUUAUUUGAAGACCAGUUUGGAUUCUUGGAAAAAUGUAUCAUGCGGAAACAGAAGCAUAACAAUAAGAAGUAG